CCCCCCCCCCCUCCCCCGCCACCGCUUUCCUAGGGCGAGGAAGCCGGCGCAGAAGCAGGCAGGGAAGCCGGGGAGGAUGAACUAGCGCGCAGCGGCAGCUCCAGCCGCAUCGGCCCCGCUCUGAGCGCUGCAAAGCUCCGGUGCAGAGACGGGAGGAGGAAUUGGGGUAAACCUGAUCCCCUCUCCCCAAGCUCCCCUCCACCAUGGCCUCUGGGAACAGCAGCGACCCACCGGACCCUCGUCGGCGCAGGGGCAGCGAGGGGCGUAGGCAGUCGCUGAGACUCAAUUCAGAAGAUCAGGUGGCCCAGGAGACUGAGGAGGUGUUCCGGAGCUAUGCCUUCUACCGCUACCAGCAGGAGAGGGAAGAGGGUGGAGGGGAGGUGCCGAUGGACCCUGAGAUUGCAGAGAUCCAGCAGGAGCCGGGCAGCACCAGCAACCAGGUGGGUAGGCGCCUGGCCAUCAUCGGAGAUGACAUCAACAUGCGGUAUGACGCAGAGUUCCGGAACAUGCUGAAGACCCUGCAGCCCACGAAGGACAAUGCCUACGAGUACUUCACUAAGAUAGCCUCCAGCUUGUUUGACAGCGGCAUUAACUGGGGCAGGGUGAUUGCGCUGCUGGGGUUCGGUUACCGGAUGGCGAUUCAUGUGUACCAGCUCGGGGUGACCGGCUUCCUCCGGAGCAUCGCUCGCUACGUGGCAGAAUUCGUGCUCCGCAACCGCAUCGCCCAGUGGAUUGCCGACCAAGGAGGAUGGGUGGCAGCACUGGAGUUGGAUAACGUUUACGUGUUGUACAUGAUGGGGGUGUUGGUCGUGGUCCUCCUGGGUCAUUUGGUGGUACGACGCUUCUUCAGCCCAUGACUGGAGUGGAGGCCGAGGCCGGUGAUCCGGCCAAACUCUCUCUCAAUAGUCCACUCCGUCAUAAAGACAUCUCCUGAGAGAGAGGGGCUCAGGGAACAAACAAGGGAGAGCAGUUUGGAUAUGACGACUCCUCUUCUGAGACAGCACCAUCCACGGAGAGACUGCCAUCUGUGGGGAGACUGCCAAGAACUACACAGAGAGGCAUUAAUGGGGGGCUUUGGGGUGUGGGGCGGGAUUGAUGAUCUCAUCCAGAGGUUGAAUGCUUCAGUCAGGAACAUCAGUGCAAUGACGUUCCCAGCAUGCAGCGAUGGGUGAGGGUUACAGGCUUCUGCAGUGUACAGAGACCGUAGAAGCCCCAUUAGAGGAACAAACAUGUUGUUUAGGUAAUGCACGUGUCUCCCGCAUCCACUCAGUGGCAUUCUCAAGAGCCCUCCCAAGGAAAGGCACGGAACAUCCUCUAAUGGAUCUCAGCCCAGAUCUCGCCGGCCUUCACAUAACAGGAUUACAGCCACAGCCGUUACAGUCUCUGCUUGUAAGUCAUUGGAGGGGGUCAGCCAGUGCUGGAGAGUCCAGGGAGGUUUUGCUCUUACCUUCUCUUGCUCCCAGCAUGCCAAGCCCCAGAUUCUUAGCUUUCCCAGUUGCUUUUAAAAAGCAUCCCUGUCCACCUCUAAACAAAUACACUGUUUGGCAUGUGACAGUCAUGACUAGAAAUCCAGUUGCCCCCAGACAAAAUGACAGACUGAUCCUGUCAGUAUCUGAAUUUGGAGAUGUGCUUUUUCCCCCCACCCAGGAACAUCACAGACACCUAAACAGAGCAGCAUCCUAGGACUGUGCUACUUGUCCUGGUUGCCAGCCCUUCCUAGGGGAAUGCAGAAGCCUGAACUUCAGGGUGGCAGCAGAUGUAUAAAGGAACGGCUUGUUUUCAAACACUAAAGUCUGUGGUGUUUGGCUUACAGGCACAGCAGACGAUGGUCUUCAUCCAAACAUAAACUUUUUUAUGGAGAAUCCGUCUGGUGGGGCCCCUCUCACCUGACUCCUGUAUCUCUGUGCAUGAUUGGAGAUGUAAACCGCUCCCUGUCGGCUGUUAUUCAGAGUGGUGGCAAAGCAGAGUCCACGCUCUGAAAUCCCCUGAGCUUUUGUGCGGUGAGUGCAGGAGUUUCUAAAUCUGGCUCUGAGCCUUGAGGCUUGGGUCCAUCUGUGCUUCCCACUUCAGGUUACUGUGUAAAGCUUGCAAACUGUGACUGGAUUUAGGCUGUGUCCACCUGAGCCUCAGACUGGGUUCAGACCCAAUUUCUGCUAACCCUGUUUCUAGCGCUGUUCGGCCAGCCAGUGGGGAGGGAGCAGGAGAGUGGGAGAGCCAGGUCUCAGCUCAUACAUGGCUUCAGUGCCCUGAAGCUGGCUUCUGUCUAAAGGCUACUGUAGCUGGGGCCAAGGCUACUUAAGUUUAUCCUGGAGACUGGAUAGAAGAAGCAGCAGCAAUAAGACUAAAAGUAUCUCAAGCGUUCUCAGGGAUUUUUCCGUUCUUACCUGUGUCGUGAACCUUUGCUGGUUGCGGUGCACAGCUUGCUGAAGUAGGACGGGAGGAGGCAGCUGGGAUGGCUGGUAAAGGGAUGCUGUGAUUACUCUUCUAGGCAGUUGCAGUGGCGGAUCUCGUAGGGAUUGCCAGAGUGCAUCAGACCCUUGUCUAGUCUGGUAACCUGGCUCAGACGUGCUUCAGAGGAAAGUGAAAGAAGCCCGCCGUAGGAAAAUGUGGGGUAAUCUGCCCCCAUGAAGGCCUCAUCCUAAUCCCUAAUAGUUAAGAGAUUGGCUUUAACUCUGAAGCAUGAGGUUUAAUAUCCCUUCUGAAAUUUGUGUUAGCAUUAACUGUGAUAACUCUGGCUGUUCCUGUUAUCCAUCUAAAUUCCCACGCCCUCUUUGAAUCCUGGUAAAUGCUAAUCAUCAGCAACAUCUGCAUUGGUUCCUCUAUCUAAUUAUUUCCUUUUAUCAGUUUAGAAUGACACAGCUUUUAUUUGUUCCAAGAAAGGAGAACAUUAGCUCCCCUUCUCUAGACCAUUCAUUAUUUUAUAUACUUGUCCUCUCUUAUUCUUUUCCUUUCUAAGGUAAAAUGGUAGCAAACAUCCCAUCAUAUGAGUGUUCUUCCAGGCCCUUGACCAUUUUCUUCACCUGUCUCUGAACCUCCUCCUAUAGAAUCAUAGAAGAUCAGGGUUGGAAGAGACCUCAGGAGGUCAUCUAGUCCAACCCCUGCUCAAAGCAGGACCAGCACCAACUAAAUCAUCUCAGCCAGGGCUUUGUCAAGCCGGGCCUUAAAAACCUCUAAGGAUGGAGAUUCCACCACCUCCCUAGGUAACCCAUUCCAGUGCUUCACCACCCUCCUGGUGAAAUAGUGUUUCCUAAUAUUCAACUUAGACCUCUCCAACUGCAACUUGAGACCAUUGCUCCUUGUUCUGUCAUCUGCCACCACUGAGAACAGCUGAGCUCCAUCCUCUUUGGAACUCCCUUUCAGAUAGUUGAAGGCUGCUCUCAAAUCCCCCCUCACUCUUUCUUCUGCAGACUAAACAAGCCCAGUUCCCUCAGCCUCUCAUCGUAAGUCAUGUGCUCCAGCCCCAAUCAUUUUUGUUGCCCUCCGCUGGACUCUUUCCUUGUUGAACCUCAUCAGAUUUCUUUUGGCCAAAUCCUCCAAUUUAUCUAGGUCACUCUGGACCCUGUCCCCACCCUCUUGUUAUGCAAUAUCCUUUUGAAAAUGGGGUGCCACGUACUACACAGUAUCUGCAAACCACAGAUUUUUAAAGACAGAAUAUUUUCCAUAGCAUGCUGCAUCUGGAUUCCUUAUACACCCUGCCAUCUUGUUCGCCAUUUUUCACCAGCUGCACAUUGAGUGAAGGUCUCACUGAGCCGUGACAUCCAGGCCCUUCUCCUGAGUUGAUACAUUUAAUUUGGAACCCUGUAAGCUGUAUAAGUAGCUCUUUCUCCCCCCUCCCCUCCCUUCAGUGUGCAUUACUUUGCAUUGAUCAACACUAAGCAUCACUUCCCAUCAUGUUGCCAAUUCAUCGGGCUUGAUUAGGUCCCUCUGGAAUUCCUCAGUGUUCUCUCUGGUCUCGCCUAACCUAAAUAACUGGGUAUUAUCUGCAAAUGUUGUUACUGCAGUGCUCACCCUCUCUUCCAGAGGACAUUGAACUCCAGCCCUAGCACAGCACCCUGAGGCACUCUGCUGUUAAUCUUUUUGACCCAAGCCAAUGAUUCUUCGUGACUAAUUAUAGCCUCUUGUGCAGGACCUUGUCAAAGGCCUUUGGAAAAUCUAAAUAAAUUAUGUCAACUGGUUCUAUUGAUAAGUUCCAAGCAAUCUAGUAGGUUAGUGAGACAUGAUUUUCCUUUGUAAGAACCAUGCUGGUUAGACUUUAUCAUCUUGAUCCGGAACAGUUUACCAAGAGCCAUGCUGGAUUCUCCAUCAGUGACCAUUUUAAAUCAUGAUUAGAUGUUUUUUUUCUAGAAUAUCUGCUCUAGAAAUUAUUUUGGAGAAAUUAUAUGGCUAGGGCUAUCUAGGAGGUCAGACGAGAUGACCAUAGUGGUCCCUUCUGCCCUUGCGAUCUGUGAAUCUGCCAGAUGUGUGAGUUAUCUGUUUUUUUGUUUCAACCAAUUUCCCAGGUACCAGAUUUAAGGCUAAUAGAUAUUUUUUAAAAUAAGAUGCUUUAUGGUAAGUGAUCAAGUCCCAGUGGAGUCAGUCAUACGGGACCCAAGAAGGGAACCUUUAAAACUUGAACCUUUGCUUUUUUUACCACUUUUAUUCUCUGCCACCUCCAAAAAUAUUCAACUGGGCCCCGUCAAACUCAACCCACUGCAAGGACUGUCUCGGGGCAUUUGUUUGUUACCCCCGUAACCUUACUAGACAAUCAUCCCUGUUGCUAGCACUAAUUUCUAAGUGGACAGAAGGCAGGUUUGAACUGGGAGAUGAGACAAAUAGGGCAAGGAGCUGCUAAAUGAAUGAUUGAUCUGCAGUACUGUAUUCAGUCUCUGGCUGGCACUGUUGUAUAACUAGCCAGCUACCAAAGGCAUUGAGGAGAGGAGCAGAGAAGGGAUAUCUUACGUUUAAGUUUAUUUGGAACCUACCUUGGAACAGGGAGAGAAUCCAGUGGGGAAAACUGCUGUGUGAUUUUUAACAGUAUCUUACAUUGGUCCAGUUGGCCCCAUGUUUCAUCUGCUAAACCCAGCACCCAUUGGGAGCUGCUUUGAAAUAAGAAUGUCAUUUUCAUCUGUUGUUAAUUGGGCUGCUGGUCAGGGAGGCACUGGAUGCUUUGGGGGACAGGGCUGGGAAUGGGCCAGGAUAGCCUUUUCUCCUUGGCCCUGCAGGUUCGACACCAGCGCAGAAGAGAGAGGACCAAAAAACUGUAGAACAAGUGCGUGAACUCAGUCCAGAGAGCUGUGGACAGGUGUCUACCUUAACCUCCGCCACCACUGGCCCUCAUUAGCUGUCUCAGCAAGGGAAGCUUGCAGCUGGGCUGUCUGCAGGGGUGUUAUUUCAGAAAAAUGGCUGGGGCGGGGGAGGCAGGCAGUGGAGCAAAGUUGUGUCAGCAUAUAGACCAUUAUAUGUGAUUAUAUUAUAGCCUGUGAAGUUGAGAGGAUUGGGGGAUGGGGUGGGGCAUACAGACCUAUGAAAAAUCUGGGGAGGGGAGGGAACUGCCCCCGUUACCCUAUAGCAAAUGACACCCCUGGCUGCCUGUGCUGUGCACAGAGCAUUUCAAUCUCUGGGUUAAACAAUGCCACCAAUCCUCCUCCCCCCCCCGUCUUUUUUUUUUUUUUCUUUUCUUUCCUUGAAAGGAACCCUCCUUGCUCUAAGGAAAUGAAAACCCUACGAAGGGGGAACUUGGUUACAGUCCUUGCAAUAAUCCCAACCCACAAACCUGUGGUGAAAGCAGCCAGCGUGUAAAGAUGCCGGUGAUGGGUGGUGAUGAAGUUGACUGUCUGAGUGUACGCUGGAGGCUAACAGCCUGCCUCCGUAACUCCUCCUUGCUCCUGGUCAGAAAAUGUGGGUGUUUGUUGCACUGAACAGCAGGGGUUUCCCUGCAGAGUCCUACUGUAAUGCUCCUCGCCAUGGGAUACUAACUUGUGGCCAAACCACUACAAAAGCAACACCUAGUAUGGCAUGCUCGUCCCCACAGUGGGGACAGACAGAAUUCUGGACCCGAGUGAGGGGCUCAGGAGGAGAGGAGGAGACAGGUGGGUGCUGGAAGAGGAAUGUUGGGCAGUGAUCUAGUUCUUACAUGGGCGUGGGAGGGGAGGGAUUAAUACAGAUUGCUGGGUGUUGAUCAGGUGCUGAACUGGCAGCCAGCUAAAGAGGGGAAAAGCCAUUUGAGCAGGAGAUCGACUGUGGUUGAGGAACAAUCCUUCCUGCCCAGCUUCAGCUCUAGCCCCAACCGUUGGUACCAGUGACCAUGAGGUUUUACUGACUGUUAGGGAUUAGGCAGGGGUUGGUUCUCCCAGGAGGCUGUGCCUAGUAAUCUGCCCUCCCCGCAUGCCUCUAAUGGACUCCUUAGUACGGCAUGCCCACAGGGUUCCCAUCUGUCACCCCUUCCUGCUGAAUGUCCAGCCAUCACAGUGCCCAGCGUAAGCUGUAAGUCUCCGUGGCAGCAGACAGGUGGCUGGCAGGAAGCCAGUUAUAGCUCCCCGAUUCUCUGCCUUGGUCCCAGAGCAGUUUAGAGCAGCUCCCCCAUCCCUCCCAGACUGUGCCAGCUGGCUCUGGUCCCCAUAGAGGCCGUACAUCAGCUGGGGAUUGUCAGAGCUACCAUGCUUGCCUCACUUCCCUUUCCUGUCCCUGAUGUGCCUCUUGUGGCAAGGGCUGGCUCUGUGGCUGCUGGGGACUCCCGAGGAAGGGUCUUAAGGGAGCGGAGUGGCGCUAGGCAUCUGGCCCAAGAACUCUUGUUUGGAGUAGAAACAAAAAUAGAAGAGCGGGGAGAUGUGAAAUCUAAAUCAGAGCAUUUGAUGUGAUGUGUGAAGCGAGUCAGGAGUUCAAGGGCAUUAGCUCAAGCUACAGAUCACGUCUGACUCACCCAUUCCUUGCAGCCACAUCCCCAAUUCCAGACGGCCGAGAAUGGGGGAAAGUGCAGUGACAGGCGGAUUUCAGGAAGAAGCUCGUAAUGUCCUGCCAGUCUGGCUUGCAGAGCGUGGAAGGGCUCAACACUGUCCUAGAGGGGGACUUGUCCCUUGACAAUCAAGACUGGUGGCGGCCCUCUGUGAAACUUUGUGGGUGUGGGAUGGGGGGAGGGGUUACAUGUAUACUUGAAAGCCAUACUGUAGCUAUUACUGACUCUGUUUUGCUUUAUUAAUGGUUUCUGGAAAGCCUGUUGUUCCACAGAUCACUUCCUCUGAGCCUUCCAGUGAUUCCUGACUGCCCCAAUAUGACUGGGUAGCAGGGGACCUCCAGUGAGGGGAUAAGGGGAUACAGUACAUGGGGAGCAGUAAGACACACAUCAUGCCGCCUCAAAUGACGAGGAGCUUGCAGUAUCUUCCCUCAGCAUGGUGGUGGUUGUACCCCUGAAGAAGACAUGGGUAAUCCCCUUUUGAUCCCCCCCAUGUAUGUAAACCAUCUUUAAUAACAGCUCAGGGGCAAGAGGUGUCGAACACAUUGGGUUGUUUUCCUGGAAAACCAUUUCCUUGCAAAUAGUCUUUAAAAAAAGUUUUUGUUUUUUUUUCCAAAAUAAAAGUUAUGUGCACUUA